UUUUCACUCAUAUAGUUUUUUGAUUAUUUGUAUUUUAUUAUAACAAAAUUUUAAACUAUUGGUCAUAAAAUUUUCAAUGUGAAAUUUUUAACAAUUUUUGUAAUUUAUAGUCGUUUCUAAAAAUUCAAAAUAUAACAUAUACGAAAAAAUCUAAAAUUUUAUUAUGUGGUUACUAUAAUUAUUUAAUUUAUUUUAAUAACAUAACUUUAAAAUAAUGGAAGAUAUGUAAAUUGUUAUUAAAUCUUUAUUAUUAAAAUUAUUAAUUGUCAAAUAUAUAUUUUAUUCACUUUUGGUAAUUCAGUAGAUUUUAAUUAAGAAAAAUAGAAAAAAUAAUAAUCAUAAAUUGUUAAUUAGUUUCAUGCUUAGUUUAAUGAAAAUGUAUAAUAUAUACCAACUUAAAUUUCUAGAGACUUUAAAAAACAUUUUAGUGAUGACACAUAUCAUAACUAAAAUGUUGUAACGUUUCACUUCGAAUAUAUAGGAGAUUUCAAAGAAGUUCAAUCUAAUUGGUUUUUACUCUCGUUAGUCGUCACAGAUUUGUUCAUACAAUAAUAUAUAAAUGAGAAAAUCUUCUAAAUAACACUCAUUCAAUGGUAAUAAAUAAAUAUAUUUCCUAUUUGAAUUUAAAGUUUAUUACUUAAAGUUUAAAUUUAAUAUUUAAAGAUGGAAAUAUGGCUUAGAGUUUAAUGUUUGGAAUGUAGUAUUAUUUUGGUAUUUUCUCUCUUUAAAUAUUAUUUUGUGAUAAAAUUUUAAAAUUGCGAUUUAUGAGAUUUUCUCAUAUUUUAUUAGUAUGAUUAUAAUUUUAAUAUUAUUAAAAAUCUAAUGUUAAAAAUGAAUAUUAAAAUCAAGAAAAGUUAAAUAAAAAUCAGGCAUGGUCUUUUUUUUUAUAAACGUUGAUGUGGAAACUGUUGUUAAUUUGCUAUUAUUACUCUUUCGGCGAUUAAAAACAUAUUUUUUUUUUCCAAAACUGGAAUAAAAUGUAGAAAAAAGGUUCAAGUUUGAUGGCUUUUUUUUAUCGAGAAUCAAUGUGGUUUAACAAAUGAUUUUUUUUUUUUGUGUGUUUGAAGAAUACCAGUUUGAUUUUGUGAAGAAAUUAGAGCUUACAUGAAAAAAAUAGUUGCUACUAGGAGUAGACAUUCAGAUAUUUGUUCCGGUUCGGAUUGGGUAUUUCAGAUAUUUGGUUAUUUCGAUAUAGGGGUAUAUAAUCCGUUUUGGUAUUUCUACACUUCGGGUUGAGUUUGAAUGUUUUAAGUUUGGAUUAGUUAUUUCGGGUCGGGUUUAGAAUUUAGAUUUUGAAAAAGUCAAAAUUCUUUAUUGCUUAAGUUUUUCAUAUUUAAGAAUAUAUUUUUAACUUAAAUAUAUAACUUUAACCAAUUGUGUUGUGGGAAACUAUUAUUAACUUAUUACUUAACCAUAUAUAAGAGGACCCUAGUUUUCAUUCAACUUCUCAUCUCCUAUAUUUUAAAAGAAGAAAUUGUAAUAAAUGCGUUUACACACUAAUUGACACAUGAUAUAAUCUUCUCAAACCAAUAAUAAUCAUACAAUAUAUUAGAAAUAAGAUUACUUGACCGGUAUGAAAUUAAUAGAUUAAAUUAGAAUAAACAACAAAUAAUUUAUUCGUAGGUGAUUAAUUUUUUUGUUAUUGCUCGGCUAAGGAUAUCCAUAUGAAUAGCAAUACUUCAUCGCUUAAUUAUUGAAGAGCAACACGAGGAUUUGAUUUUAGUUUGAAAAAGGAAAUAUUAUUUAAGAUUUUCUAAGAUUUUCAUACGAUUUUAAAUAAAAGUAUUGACUAUAUUAUUGUUAGAAAAAUAUAUGGUAUUAUAUUGUUAGUCUAAUUUAAGGUAAGGAAAAAAUAUUAAUAGUCUAAUAAAAUUCUCCAACAAUAUUGUGUAAGUAGAUUUUUUAAAUUAUUUUCCUUUUAAUAGUAUAGAUUAUUUAUACAUUUGCUAGUUUACUAUAUAGAGAGAAAAUUAAAGAAAUUGAUAUUUAGAAAACUAAAACUUCAAUACAAUAAAUUGAAUACGAGUAAAACAUAAAGUAAACACAUAAUUUGAAUAUUUUGGGGAAUACAAAUUUACAACGCAUUGAUGUUUAUAAAUUAGUUGUAAAAUAUUGUUGAAAUAAAUAUAAUUAGUAGAUAUUGGAAGAAUCAAUUACGAAAGUUUCUCUAAAAUGUUUUUAAGUUGUUUUUUUUUUAACACUGGAUAAUUAUGCUAUUACAACUAUGAGAAAUAUUACAGACGAUUCUACAGUCGACAAUUCUGCCUGCCGUAUGAAGAUUCACGCCUGACUGCAUCACCUGAGCCGCUACGGUAUUCCUUGUGCCAUGUUGUAAAUAUGUUGUAAGCAUUUUUUUCUUUAAUUCGCAUAAUUCCGGUUUCUCCAAAAAUUAAAACUCAAACUUUUUUGUAUAGAAGCAUUAAUGAAUUCUUGGUUAAACUACUGACCAAGGGAGUCUUCCACAUUUUAAAUACAUAACACACAUUUACUCGUUGGAACAGAGAUACAAUGAUUGAAAAUUAUAUGACAUUACAUAAAAGUAAAGAAAUAUCGGGUUUGUUUUGAAAUUACUCCCAAUUGAUGCUUUUUAAAGUAUUUGAUUUGGUCAGCAAAAACGGUCUAAGUUCUCUCUUUCCUCUCGCCUUCGUUGAUCCUUUUUAGUUCCCUUCUUCUCAUUAACCUUGAGAUAUCUCAGAACUCAUCGCAAAUCAGACAGUUCUCAGAAAGACAGAAAAAGAAGAAUGGAAGUGAUGAGCUUAACUGCUCCAUCUUCGCCAAGAAAAUUCAGUGGCUGCUUCUUAAGCGCACCAACAAGCCCACGAAGAAUCACAGAGUGGUACAGAGAGUACGAGGAGGCAGGCAGUCCGAGGAAGAUCACUGACAAUGAAGAAGAAGAAGAUACUGUUGAUGAUUUUGCCUUCGAGAUCGGUGAUAAAUCUGAGACUAGGUCGCUUUUCGCAGAAGAGCUCUUUGAUGGAGGCAAAAUCAAACCCUUGAAGCCUCCUCCGUAUUUGCAGUUAGAUAAUCAACAGUUUCAUUACAAAUUCUCAUCUCCAGAUUCCUCUCCAAGAUCACCUAUUGCUCAUGGCAAGGACAUCCUCCGCAAAGCUUUUUCGCCAAGAAAGAAACCUACAGAUGCAGAUCCUUUCGAGGCCGCCAUAGAUAACAUUCGCAAAGGCGUUGGAGAGGAAAGAGGGAGAGAGAGGCUUCAGAACCCGGGCCGUAGAGCCACUCGAUCGCUUUCUCCUUUUCGGGUUUCAGCUUAUCCAUGGGAGGAACAAGAACAGAGAGAGGUACAACAAGGUCAUGAACAGAGAAAGGGCUCUUUCUCUUCUAUACCGUCUACGUCUUCGUCAACUUGCGUGUCUUGCAAGUUAUCUUCCUCAAAGAAAUGGAGGCUAAAGGACUUGCUUCUUUUCCGUAGCGCAUCAGAGGGAAGAGCAAGGCACAACAACAAAGAUUUCGUGAAGUCGUUAUCGGGUUUGUUCAGGAAACAAGAAGACAGCAAGAGUUCGAGCUCGAGCUCUAGAGGAAGAGGAUCACCGUCUGUCUCCUCCGCCCAUGAAUUCCAUUACAUGGCUAAAAAGGCAGAAGCAAAAGGUUUGAAGAAAAAGACUUUCUUGCCUUAUAUGCAAAUAGGAAGAUUCGCCUUCUAAAUUGUAAUCGUACUAUUGGUUAAUUCUUUGAAGCGCAAAACCCAAAAUGAUUAUAUUGUUUGCUUAAUAACAUAAUCUAAAGAACCGACUCAUUUGUACUCUCUUGCCUGGUUGAUGUGUUUCGGAAGCAAGUAAAGUGAACAAUAAUCAUUUGAGAUUAUUA